AUGAAGCUUCUGUUGAUUUUUCUGACUUUUUUAUCGAUUUUUCCAAAAUUUUCCAAUGGAUUUCCAGUCAAAAAAUUAGCUGAAAAUUUGAGCGACCCAGAUAAUCGAGGAGUUUUACCGAAUAUUGAUGGCGUCUACUGUAGAAACAGUGAUUUCCAAGCCGCUAUUUAUAGUGCCCUUACAAAUGUCACAAAUCCAGACACCGCGUCGGUGGACCAGAUUCAGGGAAAGCUAGAGAAUUCCCUAAUGCCAAAAUUCAAGGCACUCGGUGGGACAUGGCUGGUCAGUGUGACCACCUAUCAUCGUGUAAAUGGUUGGGUCGACGAUUCGGCAAUCGGAAUGAACACAUUUUGUGCUGUAAACGCAGUUAGCCUUAAUUUGUACAUAAUUAUUAUGAAAAUCGAUAGUUUGUAUUAA